UCCAUUAUUCUCAUAUUCUCUCUUUGCUUUAUCUUUUCUUGCUUUGCUUUCUUUCUCUCUCCCUUUGGCAAGAAGAGUUUAGCCUUCUCUCUCUCUCUCCACCUUCCAAUUUGAUGUGAUUCUCCACUAACAAUAUCCCCCUUCCAAAAAACCCCAUCUAACUUUACAAAAAAGAAUUUUAAAGAUCAUUCAAGAAUAAGCUAUGGUUUUUUCCUCAAUUCCAGCUUAUCUUGAUCAAGCCAACUGGCAACAGCAAAGUGGAGGUAGUAUUCCAAAUCAUCAUCAGCUCACAUCACCACUAUCUCAGACUGCAACACCGCCGCCACUACCACCUCCACCACCACCACCACAACCUCAUGGCAGUAGUGGUGGUGCAGGUUCUAUCAGGCCGGGCUCGAUGGCUGAUCGAGCCCGGUUAGCCAAUAUACCUAUGCCGGAGACAGCCCUAAAAUGCCCUCGAUGCGAAUCAUCAAACACCAAGUUUUGCUACUUCAACAACUAUAGUCUUUCGCAACCUAGACACUUUUGCAAGACUUGUAGAAGGUAUUGGACAAGAGGCGGCGCUCUCAGAAAUGUGCCCGUGGGCGGCGGUUGUCGGAGGAACAAAAGAAGCAGUAGCAAAAGCAGUAACAAUAACAGUAACAAUACUUCCAAGUCUCCAGCUUCUAGCACAAGUACUGAUGGUCGUCAAGCUGCUAAUAAUAAUUCUGGUUCUACAAGCACAAUUUCUUCACACAGUAAUAGUUUUUCUGGUCCAACAUCAGCAACUAGUUUAUUAGGUCUAAUGUCCCCUCAAAUUCCACCUCUACGUUUCUUGUCACCUUUAGGUCAAUUAUCUGAUCAUCAUCAUCAGUUCAGUACUCCUGGUAAUAACAUGAACUUGAAUUUUUCUACAACUGGUAACGUAUUAGGCGGUACUAGUGAAGGCAUGAUGGUUAAUAAUAAUAAUUUGCUCGGUGUUGGUGGUGGUGCUGGUGGUAGUGGAGUUGCUUCGCUUUUAUCAAGUGUAAACAUUGAACACUGGCGGAUGCAGCAGCAACAAAUGGCACAGCAAUUUCCUAACUUUUUUGGCGGAUUUGAUCCGUCUAAUUCGCCUUCUGGUGUUAAUAAUUACCAGUACUUUCAAGGUGGUGUUAAUGAGGGUGUACAGUUUCUUGGUGGUAAUGAGAGUACUACAAGUCAAAUUAGGCCGAAAAUCUCGACUUCAAUGCUAAAUCAGAUGGCUUCAGUGAAGAUGGAAGAUAAUAAUCAUAAUCAGGAUCAAUCAGCUUUGUCAAGGCAGUUGUUAGGAAUUCAAGGGAAUGAAAAUUGGAAUACUGCUAGUGCUUGGAGUGAUCUUUCUGCUAGUUUUAGCUCUUCUUCUACUAGCAAUGCCUUAUAAAAAGUCAACAAAAAUGUCCUUUUUUUCUCAGAGCGGUCAGUUAAGGGCCUUAGCUGGUGAUUUGGAUGGCUUCCUCUCGACAGUGAAGCUUAUUUCCCAUCGUCUCACUAGUCGAUAUAUUUUAUCAGCAAAAGCUUCUAGUGAAGAUCAUCUAAAAACCCUAGAUUUGGUAGUUUUUUUUUUUUUUUUUCAUUUUAAGUUUUUUCUUUAGAUUUAUUUGUAGUUUGCUAUGGUAAAGUGGUAGAAGAUGUUUGAAGAUUGAGUGUACUUUUUAAUAGUAGCUUUUAUGUAGACAUGAAGGUCUAAUUUUCAAAGUAAUUGGCUCUAGGUGUUGGGCUGUAAAGGUGAUCAUAUGGCUAACAUUUCUAAUGGUAUAUCAUCUUCAUGUUUGAAAUUUUAUGGAAUUUGUGUA